CCGGCUCUUCGUUGCUCAAGGGUUUUCUCUAGUUGGGGUGCAUGGGCUUCCCAUCGUGGUGGUGUCUUGCCGUGGAGCAUGGCCUCUGGGCGCGCUGGCUUCAGCAGUUGCAGCACUCGGACUCAGUAGUUGUGCUGCACGGGCUUGGUUGCUCCACAGCCUGUGGAAUCUUCCCGGACCAGAGAUUGAACCCAUGCCCCCUGUGUUGGCAGGUGGAUUCUUAUCCAGUGUACCACCCGGGCAGUCUCUCCAGCUACAGAACUUUCUAUGAGAGGCAAGCCUUGGAACUAGAACCCAGAACACAGCACCCAGAAAGUAGGAACCCCCUCCCCCAAUUCAGACCAGGGAAACUAGAAGAUGGAACUUGGAGAGGAAACAUGGAGCAGCAAACCUAGAAUGCGGCCUGUUGGAAUGUGGAAUGCUGAUAUGGGUCAAGCUGGAAGGUCAUGUCUGUGCCCCCAGGGGUCAGUGGGAAACUGAGGUCCAGAGAGAAUGGGGAGGCCCUUAUCUUGGGGAGCAGUAAUGGGCAUUCACGUGGUUUCCGCUGAGCCAGUCCCUUCGUACAGCCUCCUUGGAUGAGGCACGUCCACUCUCUAAGCCUGGGUUUCCCUGUCUGUGAAGUGGGCUUGUGAAGAUGAGCUAGGAUGAAGCGCACCGCCUGGGAAGGGGACGCUGCUCUUGGUGCUCAGGGUCUCUCGGGAGGUUAGCGGAAUUGCCAAGGCCGGGACCCCAGCUACCUGGCCCCUGGGAUGACCUUCUCACCUGUGGUGACGGUUCUGUCCCUACUAUUUCAUUCCCUGUCUCCUGCCCCAUGGUAGGCGGGAAAUCUGAGCGCCAGCCUGUUCCAGAAUGCUCCGUGGAUCCAGUGGGCGGGAAGAACUAAGUCAUUAUUGGGCAAGAACAGAUUGGUAGCACCCGUGAAAUUAAGGAGCACGGGCCUAGUGCCGGCAGCCCUGUGUGAUAUGCCCUCCAGUGGUGACGGCUUACGGACAGUGCCUAGUGGGGACAGUCAGGUCCUGACCCAGGGAUGCUGUAGCCCCUCGAAGGCUGGGUAGGACAGAGAAGAAUCAGGGAGGGAAAAGAGAAAAGGCUCAUUGUUUAGCCUCCAGGAGGCUCACCAGGUGCCCAGAGCCGCAGAGCCAAACAGCUGUGUACCUGCUCAGGACUGCACCCAGCAGGAGGUUAAUUAUGGUGCUCAGGUUCCCGGGUGGCAGGAGCUGCCGCCCCGGGGCCAGGUGCAGCCCCCAAACCUUCCGGGGAGCCUGCAGGCAGCGUUACCAGCUUCCCUUUCACACCGCCACAGACAAGCCUGGAGAGAGUGGGAGUUUUGCUUGGGGUCGCAGAGCUGGGGGUGGCAGAGCCAGGGCUCAAGCCCAUUUCCUCCCUCAGCAGCAGCCGCUUGAGCACCUACUAGUGUGCCAGGCCUGGACUGGGCACUGAGCACAGAGUGAUGAGCCAUGGUGGGAAGGAUCGUAACCUGCUCGAAGCGGUUGCUUCACUUCCCACCUUCCCGUCCCUCCUCACGGACAGCAGGCGUCACGCUGCUCAGAACGUUCUGAGGAUGGAGUCUCAGAACUGUGUCUCCCUUUACCACCAGCCCGUUGGAAGGGACCCUUAGGAUGCACGUAGAUGAGCCCCUUCACUGGGGCGUCCUGAGCGCGAGGUCACACGGAAGACAGAGCUAGGAGUUGCAGCCACCUUUCCAAGCCCCCGACCAGACCCGAGAGCCCAGCGGCACUAACUGAAAAGUACAGUGUGUGGAUUUGGGGGGUGGGUGGGGGUCUUUCAUUCAUUCAUUCUCCAAGCCUCUGUGUCAGGCGCUGGGCUGGAGCUGGGGACCCCAGGGUAUUGGGGGGCCAGGCCAGGGUUGAGAUGGCUUGGCUCUGUCCACAGGCUAGGGUCAGAGAGGCCUGGAGGGAGUCAAGUCCAGUUCAGCUGAACCCUCCCGAGUCCGGCGUGGGGCCGGGGAGUGUAAAAUUACACAGAAACUUGGAGCCUCCUGAGAGGUCUGGACUUUAUCCUGAGGGCCAGGCUGGGAGGGGCAGCGUCAGAUGUGGCGCCUGCCUGGCCCCAGGGCACCUGGCUGAGAGCCCCCAGGAAGGCCGCAGCUGCUGUCCAGACUGAAAGUUUUGCACAUGCCUUGGGAUUGCUGAUCCAAGAGGGUGCUGACCAAGAUGGGUGCCCAGGCUUCUGCCCUAGCCGCCCCUGAAGUGUGGGGAAGGAUGAAGAUGAAACGCUACAAGCUAUUUCUCAUGUUCUGUAUGGCCGGCCUGUGUCUCAUCUCCUUCCUGCACUUCUUUAAGACCCUGUCCUAUGUCACCUUCCCCCGCGAACUGGCCUCUCUCAGCCCUAACCUGGUGUCCAGCUUCUUCUGGAACAAUGCCCCGGUCACACCCCAGGCCAGCCCAGAGCCGGGUAGCCCCGACCUGCUGCGGACCCCGCUCUAUUCCCACUCACCCCUGCUCCAGCCGCUGUCGCCGAGCAAGGCCACGGAGGAGCUCCACCGGAUGGACUUCGUGCUGCCCGAGGACACCACCGAGUACUUCGUCCGCACCAAGGCCGGGGGUGUCUGCUUCAAGCCAGGUACCAAGAUGCUGGAGAAGCCCCCAUCGGGGCGACCAGAGGAGAAGAUGGAGGCGGGCGACGGCGCGUCGUCGUCGUCAGCACGGGGCCCAGGCCGGCAGCUGCUGAGCGCCCGGGAGCGAGCAGGGGGCCGCGGCGGUGCGCGGCGCAAGUGGGUGGAGUGCGUGUGCCUCCCGGGCUGGCACGGGCCGAGUUGUGGCGUGCCCACCGUGGUGCAGUACUCCAACCUGCCCACCAAGGAGCGCCUGGUGCCCCGGGAGGUGCCGCGACGGGUCAUCAACGCCAUCAACAUCAACCACGAGUUCGACUUGCUGGACGUGCGCUUCCACGAGCUGGGCGACGUGGUGGACGCUUUCGUGGUGUGCGAGUCCAACUUCACGGCGUACGGGGAGCCGCGGCCGCUCAAGUUCCGCGAGAUGCUGACCAACGGCACCUUCGAGUACAUCCGGCACAAGGUGCUGUACGUCUUCCUGGACCACUUCCCGCUGGGCGGGCGGCAGGACGGCUGGAUCGCCGACGACUACCUGCGCACCUUCUUGACGCAGGACGGCGUGUCGCGCCUGCGCAACCUGCGGCCGGACGACGUCUUCAUCAUCGACGACGCCGACGAGAUCCCCGCGCGCGACGGCGUGCUAUUCCUCAAGCUCUACGACGGCUGGACGGAGCCCUUCGCCUUCCACAUGCGCAAGUCGCUGUACGGCUUCUUCUGGAAGCAGCCGGGCACCCUGGAGGUGGUGUCGGGCUGCACGGUGGACAUGCUGCAGACGGUGUACGGGCUGGACGGCAUCCGCCUGCGCCGCCGCCAGUACUACACCAUGCCCAACUUCCGCCAGUACGAGAACCGCACGGGCCACAUCCUGGUGCAGUGGUCGCUAGGCAGCCCCCUGCACUUCGCCGGCUGGCACUGCUCCUGGUGCUUCACGCCCGAGGGCAUCUACUUCAAGCUGGUGUCAGCCCAGAACGGCGACUUCCCCCGCUGGGGCGACUACGAGGACAAGCGGGACCUCAACUACAUCCGGAGCCUGAUCCGCACGGGGGGCUGGUUCGACGGCACGCAGCAGGAGUACCCACCGGCCGACCCCAGCGAGCACAUGUACGCCCCCAAAUACCUGCUGAAGAACUACGACCAGUUCCGCUACCUGCUGGACAACCCCUACCAGGAGCCCAAGAGCACAGCGGCUGGUGGGCGGCGGAACAAGGGUUCAGAGGGAAGGCCACCCGCCAGGGGCAAAUUGGAUGUGGUUGAAGGCUAAGGCUGCAUGAUCUUACAGGGCCCGUGGCAGGGUGGGGGUGUGGUGGGGUGUUGGCACCUGCCCCUCCUGUUGUUACCUUUCUGCCUCCUUCUACCCUCUGGGUGGUUCGUCAGAGGACCAGGAGUGGAAGGUGGGGGAGGCUUUCCUACUCAAGGCCCUGUGAAUCCAGGGUCAGGCCUGUGAGCUCAGAAAACACCCUUCCUCACCAGGGGAGGAGAGCAGGUGCUACCGCCCCCAGGAGUGCUGCGGCUGGGAGGUACCGGCAGAGAGCGCAGGAGGGUUACAGGGGAGGAGGGGUGGGUGGGCAGGGUGGGGGAGGGAGCCUGCAGGAACGCCCUAGGGCAGCCAAGUGGGGCUCCGCAGUCCCCUCCAGGGAGAAGAGGCCCACCAUUUGGCCUCCUGGGGCUUUGGACCCACGGUAGGAAGGGAGAGAUGCCAGGAGUUCCCAGGGCUCUGUAAAUAGUCGCAUUCGGGCCCUGGAUGAAGCAGGGACACCAGGGUGGGAGGGAAUGAAAAACGGCAGCUGGGAAGAAGCUCCAGUGGGUGCUUUGUAGUGUCCUCAGGAGUGCUGGGCCAGAGGGAGCGGGGACCUCCACCCUCGUCUCACAGGACACACAGCACAGAUGGCCCUGUGCCCCUCAGCCCCUCCAGAGAGGACGCAGGCGUGGGGAAGCCUGGCAAGUCUUCUUUUAGGUUCCCAAGCUGGCCUUGACAUUUCUUCUUACUUUUUAUAUCGCUGUCUUGUGGGCUGCCCACCCAGUCCUUGCAAGUUCCAAGAGUCCAGUUCUCAGGCUGGGAUGGGACCAUCAGCUAGCCUAGUAGGUGAGAUGUGGGGGGGUGGGGAGCCUCCUCCCCUGUCACCCCUUCCCACUGGAACCCGCAGCCCCAGCUCUCCACUGCCUCAGGUAGAGUCACCCUUGUGCCCCUUUGGGGGCUGGCUUGGGGCCAGGAAGGGGCCACGAGGCUGCUCUGGGCCCACGAGAGACAUUAAGGCCAGUUGUUUGUCAUCUCAUUCCUUAGUUGCCUCGGGGGAGGGGGCUGUAUAUGUUAGAGUAGAUUCUAAGCUGCUGUAAUUAAGACAUCCCAAAAUACAGUGGUUUCGGCAGACAGAAGCUCGUUUCUAACUUACCUCUCUGGAGGGUGGUGGUCUGGAGGGCAGCUCUGCUCUCCUGCCUCACACCUUCCAACUCUGGAUAGAGUGGUUGCUCCAACUCCCACCAUCACGUGUGCAUCCAUGUCCGAGGGAAACAGAGAAAGUGCAACCCUUUCUGUUAAGAGCAUGAGCCAGAGAUGGCACAGUCACUUCUGAUGGCAUCUUGCAGGACUCAGUCACUUGGCCACCAGAGCUGCAAGGGAAGCGGGAAAAGUAGUUUUCAGCUGGGCUGCCCCUUUCACCUAUUAAAGGAAGGAGGGGAAAAAAUGAAGGCGGAGAGGAUACUUACGGGGACAAGGGGCGUCUCUGACCCUGAGGGAGGAGGGGAGAGGGCAGAAGUGACUGUCGCAGUGGUGGGACCCUCCUGGCAUACUCACAGCUCCUGGAUCAGCCCAUCCCUGCCCGCCUCACUGUGACCCAGGGCUGGGUCACUGAGAGCAUGCAGUGGUGGGCAGGGAAGAGGCGCCCCCUCCCAAUGGUCCCCUCGGGUGUUUAGCCAGUGAUGCUGGGAUGCGGAGCCUGCCUGUGAACGGUACAUGUCUGUGUGCGUGUGUGUUUACGGCAUGGGUGCAUGCUUGGUGUUCGUGUCUGUGUUGGUGUGUCCCUGUACAUACAUGCCUGUGUGUGGGACGUGGGAGCAGGGCCCAGGCCUCCCCUUGCUGGGACCCGGAGCCUGUGGCCACACCUCCUGCAACUCCCCAAAGUGACUGAGGCAGAAGGGCAACCCGGGGAGCCAGAAAGCCAGGCUAAAAGGGAUGUGGGGGUCCGUCUGUCUGUCUGUCUUUCAGUCCAAGGAAUGAGAAUGCUCUCAACCUGAGGACUGUACCGCUGCGAGCCCAUGACCUCCCGGCCUCGUCCCUCCAAGCCUCCAGCCAAGACAUUCUCAGCGUGUCUUACUGGGGGGUUUCCUGGGGAACCAGUGUGGUGUGGGGAGCUGGCCACGGAACAGCCUCAGGCAGGCGGGCAUGAAGCAGACUGGGGGGCCCCCACUGUCCCUCUGGUUGAGGGGGUGUCCCAAGGGAACCAACCCCUCCCUCGGAGUUAGAGCAGCGCCCCUCCACCCCCUGGCUCCUCUUGGGGCUGAGAAGUGGCUCAAGAGGUCAGGGUGUCCCUGUGGCUCCAGGUCACCCCAGGCCAGGUCCUGCCCACCAGCCACCUCUGCCCACCUCCCGGGGGAGGCAUCUCUGGGGACGCGUGCCUGAGCCCCAGCCCAGGGCCUCCCACCUUGACAGCCUCCUCACCCCACACCCCCCACACCUGUGGGGAGAUCCCCCCUCCAGGCUGGCAGGGGUCCCUGGCUUCCAGUUCAUCAGCUCAGGGGCAAAGGUAGAAAGAGGGAAGGAGCUCAGACGUGCCAGACACCACCUUCCCUCUCGGACAAGGAGGGCCAGGCGUGCUCAUGGUCACCCCCCAGUGGAGGCCGGGCCAUGGAGAGCGAGCACAGCCGUCCGCACGGUCAGGGGACCGAGGCAUGGGGUCGCAGUUUCACUCAGAGUCACAUCAUACACUGGGAACUUCGGGGACAGGGGAGCCCUGGGCCACUCCCCUCUAUGAAGGCAAACCAAACUGUGAAAUGGGACGCCAGCACGUGCUGGCCCUGUCGCGUAGCCACCUUCCUUCCUUCCUUGGGAAGCCCCGGCCCUGUGGUCUCCAGACUCAUGGAGACCCAGCCCACCCUAGAGGGUUUCCUUAGGGUGUGGUGGUUCCCACAGGCAGGCGUAGGAGAGCUUUGGGGACAAAGGUGACAGGGUGGGGAACUAGGACUUGCCCCAGCAGCAGGUGGGGCCCUGGGAAAUGUGUAAUUUAAGGACACCGAUAAUAAUAUUAUUUUUUUUGUAAGGUAAAAUCAAUAUGUACAUUCUGAAAUCAUUUUCUCUGUAAAUGGUUGGAUUUCAUUUCACCCUUAAAGGGAUGCUUAAAGGAGAAGAUAAUAUUAAUAAUAAAAACAGCUACAAAG